AACGAAUGUCAAACGAUGUCAAACGCGCUACAUCUCUGUCAGCCUCCUCUCUCUAUAUAGUUAUCUUAAUUUAGGAAGGGGCUAAGGAGGGAAAGAGAGAGAAGAAGAAAAGAAGAGAGGGAGAAAGAGAGGAUAAAUGUAGAAAUUGCGAGCUGCGAAAGACGAACAGAUCCCCUUUAACGAUAGUUCACGGCGGCCAUGGAUUAAAUACGCUGCAAUCGUUGGCCUCUCGGUUCAGCUUAUUUAUUUUUUUAUUUUUAGUUUUUUUUUCGUUCGCAUAAAUACAUCGGAGAGUUCCUCCUGAAAUUACCGAUCCGCCACGCGAUCGGAUAUGGCUACGAUCGAUCCUCGACACCUGUCAUUAUUGCUAAUUGCGCUGCUCGCUGCAGCGUUAACCUCAUCUGUCAACGCGGAACCAGAUGGCACGUCUUCAGGAUCUUUGGAUUCUCCGACGAAAUCGGCGUUCGAGCACCGAGUCGACGAUAAAAAUUCCUCGAAGUCAUGGGACACCAGCCUACAUUCUGUAAGGCUGGCAGAAGGAGGACCCAUAUCGAUAUCCUCAACUACUCAGCAUGCAAACAUAGAAAAUAGUACAAUUGCUGGAUUAAACAAGCCUGAUGAAUCCAGAACAGAAGAGAAUGUGCCUAAAGAGCAUGCUUUUUUUAUUAAGAAGGAAAAAAUAAAACCAAGGAAGGGUGUGGAUCUAAACAUGGAUCCCAAGAUGACAAUUAAUCAAACUAGUUCAAAGAAUACAGAAUCUGUGAUGGAAACUGUCUCUGCGGAAACUGUUAAGGCCAAUAAUCAAUUUAACACUUCUACCAUCGAUACUCCAAAAUUAAAUGUCACUAAUUUGCAUGUCAACAACAGCUUAAAUCGCAGUAUAAAUUCCAGUACAAGUCUGACAUCAGCAAAUGCAACUACAUCUCAUACAGAGGCUACGAAUCAUACAACACCAAAGGCUUCCUCUCAUAUUGAAAAACAUAUACCGAAACCCAAACCAACCGUGACAACGGUUGAUGGACCAGAGCCUAAUGAAUCUAGAUUAUUGUCAUCACGAUCAAAGAACCCUCCACUGGGAAUGCCAAGAAAGAUUGAUUAUAUCGUUCCAGUGAUUAUAACGAUUAUUGCUUUACCAAUAUUGGGUGCUGUUAUUUUUGUACUGUACAGACGCGGUCGAGAUUGCUGGGAUAAGAGACACUAUCGAAGGAUGGAUUUUCUGAUUGACGGAAUGUACAAUGAUUGAUGAGCAUAAUCGUGUGAGAAAAUUUCCGUUUUCCGCGAUUAAAUGGAUGUGUAGUUACGCAAGAGGAAAUCCAAUCAUCUAUUUCCGCAUUCUUCCACUAUUGUAAAUUUGUAUAUAUUCUCUCGAAACAGUCAACAUAGCAUUGGUUCCUUCUCACAUAUAAUAAUGCCCAAAUGACAAUAUAUGUAUAUUAUUAAAAGGGCUUGACAUAUUUUGCUAUUCAUAAUUUUAUAAUAUCUGAAUUUGAUAUGCCAAAAUGUCUAAAAACUUAUAUAAUUUUUAUACUAUUGCCGUAAUAGGUAAUGAAA